ACUUUCAUACCAAUGAUAUAACUUCCAACCUUAAUUCUCCCACUUUCUCAUCCCGAAACUCCAUCAGAUUGGGCAGUCAAUCAGUCAGUCAGUCUUAGGAUUGUCAUUAUUGCUAUUACUACUACCUACUGGUACUGCCACUUUCGUUGUUGAAUGUAGGGGAAGGGAGGAAGCAGCCACUCAAUUGUCUAACAUUUGACAUUGAAUAGGUAAUUUAUUCCCUGCGCCUGCGCCAUGCCUUUCGAUUCUUUUAAUAUUCACUCAAACUCUCGUUCGUCAUCAUCACAACAAAAUGCGUUACCAGGAAAUUCGACUUCGGGAGGUAUAUUACAAGCCGCAGCAAAUCUAGGUAGUUUUGGUAUGCCUUCAUUGUCUAGCUCUGCCACAGGACAAUCUGCACCACCACCAACAACAUAUGGUUUACCCCAUCCAAAUUCUUCCAUGACGACCACUUCCAACACCACAUCAAUGAAUCAACAGUCUCAACAAUACGAAACACCAAGGCGAGCUCGACACGCCGACGAGCUACAUUCAAACAUGUCUGCGCAACGAGGUGCUUUAUCUCCAAGAGAUUACGGUGCAAGUGGUCCACGUAUGACUUUAGAGCAAGGCACUCCCGAUUCAUCCCAAUAUUCAAAUGCAGCACCACUGCCAGGUACUCUUCAACCAGGAAGACCAGGUGUGACUUCGACAAAUACAGCCCCUUCUAUACCCACGAUAUCGCAAGAUCAAUAUUCAACCCCCUCACGAUCCACAGGCCUUUCGCACAAUUACACUCGAUCUAGCCCAGCGGCAGGAUUUGAUAGUCAAGGUUUUGCAACAUUUCAAGCAGCCACACCGGGCGGAUCUGAGCAAAAUACACAAAAAUAUACACCACAAGGCUCUCAAAGAACUGUAUCCAAUACUCCUCUCGGGCUUGCAGACAUUCGGCCGCGUACCGAUUCAACACUUGCCGAAGGCUUACCUGGAGCCAAUCCAUAUUCGUAUGAUGGCACCAGCGCAACACCUACCAACAGCAAUUACCUCGCGCCGUGGGCUCUAUAUGCAUUUGACUGGUGCAAAUGGCCAGCGCAAAACAACGAUGCCGGGAAGAUCGCAAUAGGAAGUUAUCUAGAAGACGGGCAUAACUUUAUUCAAAUUCUUGAUUCCCAUAUCGUUCCCACCCAGUCUGAAUCCUAUGUACCUGGAGCCCCAAAAUAUGGACUUGAAUUCACAAAGGUUGCCGAAGCCACACAUUCAUAUCCUGUCACUAGGCUCCUAUGGGAACCACCAUCAUCGCAAAAGCAAUCUACGGAUCUACUAGCUACUUCGGGUGACCAUUUGAGGUUGUGGUCGCUCCCAUCUGAAACUCCAGUCGCAUCGGCAAACAACACCAUCGGAGGUCGUACUUCUAAUUCCGGUCGAGACCUACCUCCCAGCAAACUUACGCCACUAGCCUUACUUUCUAAUUCAAAAACACCAGAACAUACUGCACCUCUGACCUCCUUGGAUUGGAACACUGUCUCGCCUAGUUUAAUCAUUACUUCAAGCAUAGAUACGACAUGCACUAUAUGGGAUAUUCCCACAUUGACUGCCAAGACACAACUGAUUGCACAUGACAAAGAAGUCUUCGAUGUCAGAUUUUGCGCAAACAGCGUGGAUGUUUUUGUUAGCUGUGGAGCUGAUGGAAGUGUGAGAAUGUUCGACCUCCGGAGUCUAGAGCACAGUACCAUCAUCUAUGAGCCAACUACAAAGGAUGAUAAAGGUACGAUUUAUGAAGCCAGUGUUAAGCCUUUACUAAUUGCACUCAUAGAUACGAGUCCUGGAGGUGGCAGAAUAAGUCCAACUUUAGCCCAGCAAACUAUGUCCUAUGCACCCCCUUUACUACGACUAGCAGCGUCGCCACAUGAUACCCAUCUACUCGCUACAUUCUCACAAGAUUCCAACAUUAUUCGUAUUCUGGAUGUUAGACAGCCUGGACAAGCACUCCUUGAACUUCAGGGGCAUUCCUCAUCCAUAAACUGCAUAGAAUGGUCUCCAAAUAGGAGAGGUACCCUUGCUUCUGGAGCUGAUGAUUCUUUGGUUCUUAUUUGGGACCUACUGAGUCCAAACAAUGCCCCUCUUGUUGGUCCUAGCAUGAAUGGUGCACCAGUAUCUGAUAAUUCUCGAGGACCCACUGCCAGUUGGCAAUGUGAUUACGAAGUGGGAAAUAUCAGUUGGGCACCGCGAAGCAACUUGAAUAAUAAUGAGAACGGCGAUUGGCUCGGAGUAAGUGGAGGAAGGGGUAUCUGGGGUGUGAAACUGUGAUGAAUUACGAUGAGCUUUCAGGUCGGCUAUUAGAAAGGAGCAUAGCAUUAUCGCAUGUCAAAGCCUGGAGUUCGGUUUCCUGGAGAUUGCAUCUACAAUAUUCGAGUAUUCAUGAUUUUAUACUCAUCGGAGAUUAUGUAUGAUAGGAGUGAGGUGGCUGGUCACUUAAAUUUACAAUUACGAGUAACUCGUAUGGCCAAAACUGAAAUUUCAACAGCUAAAUGUUCGCCUGAUGUUACAAUAUACACACACGAUUGUCCGACAUGAUUAUAACUAAAGCCCUGCAUCCUCUACAGCAUCCUCAGUUAUGAGUAGCCUGACAAGCUCCACUUUGAUCAAGAAUUUAGAUCAACUUCCUUGUCAUCAAUAUGCUUACUUGGCAAGUAUCGACUACCUUUCCGCAUUGAAACACGGUACCAGGCAACUCAAGUCCAUGUAUAUGAAUGGUGGUCCUGCGAAAAUUCUGAGAUUCUAGUAUCUACCACAAGCCCAUGAGAAUUGUGAGCGUGGGAAUAAGCUGAAUCCAUGAGCUCGCAAUGCCGUGUAGUCCCUGGUGAUUGGAUUCAAGACUGGGAGCAAAAAUCAUCGAUUUUUUAUCAUAACAGGAUGCAGGUCUUGGAGUUGAAAGAAGAUUCAAACGCCAGCGUAGAUUGGUUGAGAGUAUAUGGAUGAACUGAUGGUACAUCCUUAGAGAUGCAACAAAGAAGGACUGAGAUCCCAGUGUGUAAAGAGAGCUUUUUAUUGGAAUAUCGAGUCUUUUUGUAUAGUUCAAUUCAGGAUCAGAGGAAAAUAAGUCGGGUGUCAGUGAGAUCAGCAGCAUAAAUUUAUAACAUCCUAUCAACUCAACUUGCACACACAAUUUAAGAUACAACAAUCAUCUCUAGGAGAGGUUUCACGAGUUCCCUUCAGUCGGGUUUGAAUACCUAGUAGUACCUAAGUCCUCAAUAAAUAAAGAUAUAACGAUGGGCAUAAGAAAUUGUUCAAUUCAUCAGCCAAUAACAGUGCUAAUUACUUAGUAGAAUAUCAAUAACCUCUUG